GAGGAAACCCAGCUGGGGAAAGGACUGUGUUGUUAUGACGUUAGAUACAAGAGUACUACAUCUGUGGGAAAUAAAGAACACCCACUGAAAUGCUUAAAUAAGGCCUAGAGGUGAGAGAAUAGAGGGAUAAUAAGAAAGCAAGAGAAAGUUUCAAAAGCCGCGUCUCGGAGUGAAUGUUGAAUAGUGACGUGAGGUGAACAAGCUUUCCUGGUCACAAGACAACCUGUAGCUCUCAGUGUAGCAUUGGUGUGUCUUCUCCCUGACCUUAUAGGAGGCAGUAAUCGUGUUCUGCCAGCAAGUCCAUGACUGUGGGUGCCUCCCAGCCAGGUGUGGGGUGUGUGAGUGCAUUAAUUGCCUCACCUCGCCGAGAUUCAGCCAAAAUGUGAAGUGACCAGGAGUGCAGCAGUGGUUGGAGGGAGAGACAGGAGUAUCAUGUCUACAAGCAGUGAUCCUGACCCUCACAGUGCUAAGAGACAGGAAUUGCUGUCGGGAAUUCUGUCGGCAGUUCAGGGAUGUCAGGUGAGGUUUGGUGGCCGCACGGAGUUAGCCACAGAGUCCGACGAGAGGGUGGCCUUCCUCUGCACCCAGCUGGAGGCCACACUCUCUCAUGGCCUCAAGCCUCGACCCCCAAACAGAGGUCUCGCUGCCAUCAAGCAAGUAACUGGCAUAGUGACUUCAGGACUCAGUCUCAACCUUGGCCUCCCUGCUGCUGAACAUGAGACUUCAGUGCUUUGGUGGUAUGUGCGGGAGCUGCUCACUCGCCAUGAAUACGAACGUUUCCUUCUCCUGAAAAAUGUCACCACUGAUGUUGGGCGAGGCCGGGCGUGGCUUAGGAGUCUGCUCAAUGAACAUUCCCUUGAGAGAUACAUGCAUAUAGUGGUGUGUGAUGAGGCAAUGCUGAAGCAGUGGUAUGAGCCAUGGGCAUUACUUAGGCACCAAGAGAUGGCUGCCAUGCUUCCCAACCUGGCUGCUGGUUUGGAUUCAAUACUGUUUGCUAUCAACAUUGAUAAUGGGGAGCUUAAUGAUGGCUGCCAGACUGAGGGGGAAGUCAAACCCGACACUGGGGGCACUGCCUCCUUGGAACCCGAGGCCCAGGUGGCCCCUGCCGUGUCGCCACCAGCAGAAAGCUCCACUGCUGCCAAGAGGAGAGACAUAAAGAAAAAGAAGAAGAAAGUCCCAUCACAGCUGAUCUCCUUUGAUGACGACUACUCCAGACCAGACCAGGGAGAUGUGCGGUCGCCCCUGUACCACAGCGCACCCACCACCUGCCUCAGCUCCCCUGCGCCCACCACAGCCAACUCCACCCCUUUUAGCGAUCGCCUGGAGAAGUAUGCACACCUAAGAGAACUUGAGCAGGCAAAGAAAGUGCUUGACUCAUCCAAAGAUGCAGAGGCGAGUGUAGAAGGACCAAAGGAAAUGGGGAAUGUCAGUACUAAGCCAGUGAGGGAAGCUCCCAGUCCCUUACAAGACUGUGAGGUGUUAGAUGAUGGCAGUUCACUUGGGAAAGAGAGAAGCCAUACUUUUGAUGACGACUCCUUCCAUUCUCUGCAUGAACCCAGUUACCAGCAGCUCUUUGAGAACAUCUUGCCCAAGCAGACAGAUGCCUCACCUGAAAGCAAUGGGAAUAACACCACUGAGAACACUAUAGCAUCCAAUUCUGUUCCCAUCACCAAACCUCAGAGACCAAACAGUAUCUACAAUCAGGAGACGGGAUCCUACAAGUCCAAUCAGUCCAAUCUAUCAGGAGACAGUUUCCCUUCAAGUGAUGGUGAUGGAGGCACAGUGUUCACCCCUGUGGGCAGGAACAGCGCCUGCAGCCUCAUCCCUGUCAGUCCGAGAGGCUUCACUCCCUUCACUGGCUCUCGUUCAGAUGAUGAAAACUCAAUUCACAGCUACACACAGGAGGAGGUGGAGGAGGCGGCGGCAGCAGCAGUGGCAGCAGUGAUGGAGGGACGGGGAGGCAGUGGUGGCGGUGGUGUCAUCAGCCCUCCCUCAGUCACCUCCACGGUGCCCAGCUCAUCCAGCGGAGACACAACCCUCACCCUUGAUGAAUUGAAGUCCGCCGUGCUGGAGAUCAGCCGGGCGAGGGAUGCAGCGGAGGGGCGGAGGGCGGAGGUGGCCGCUGCUCUCACUCAGGAGAUGGAGACGUCAUCCAUGCUGAGGGCGGAGAUCGCUCUCCUACAAAGCCAGCAGCAAGACAUACUGGACAAACUCAACACAAGGAUUAAUGCACUCACUCGGGAGAAUGAGCUACUGAAGCACCAGCUCAAGAAGUAUGUGGGUGCAGUGCAAUUGUUGAGGCGACAGGAGACCCAGGAGGCAGGCCAGGCAUUGAGCAGAACCACACCAGAGUACAGAGACUACCACCAUGAGGCAACUGCAUAUGAAAAGAAACUCAUUCAGGUGGCAGAGAUGCAUGGGGAGCUGAUGGAGUUUAAUGAACGGCUACACAAACUGCUUCGUCUUCGUGAGUCCCAGGUAAAGAACCUGCGGCAGCAACUUGUAGAUCUGCGAGGGCCCCUUCCAGACACCCCCGAGGAGGAGGAGGAGGAGGACCUGGUGAGCCCAAGGAGCCCUGCCAGAGAGAUGGAUGUUAGUCCCUGUUCUCGCACUCUCAUUAAUAUUUGGAUACCCACUGCCUUCCUCACUGGCUCCUCUGCAGAUGCUCACCAUGUUUAUCAGAUAUACAUUCGCAUCAAGGAUGACGAGUGGAAUAUCUACCGGAGAUUUGCUCAGUUUUAUGAGCUCCAUAGGCAACUCAAGAAGAAGGAUCCAAUUAUAAAAUCCUUUGACUUCCCUCAAAAGAAGACUUUUGGUUAUAAGGAUGAGGGUGUGGUGGAGGAGCGGCGGGUGCGGCUGCAGCGGUACCUGCGGCAGGUGGUGAACCUGCUCCUCACCUCACACCCACAGCUCACCGCCUCACCGGAUAAGGCAACCUUUGCCAGUGUGUUGCCAUUCUUUGCGGAGAUGGUGGUAACUCAGGACGCCGGCAGCAGCAGCAGUAGCAGUGGCAGUCGCCCAAGGCCUUCCCGGCGAGGGGUGCUGUCCCGGCUGUCUGGGGCGCCCAUGGAGCAGCCAGUGGUGCCGGACUCCCCUCAGUACAAUGGCCUCUAGACCGUUACUGCAGCUGCCAUGGAUCCUUCACAGAUCUGAACACUCAUAUCUAUUCCUCAGCAGGUAGUAUACAUACAUACACACAGACAUUCAGAUAUACACAGUACAUACAUAUAGUAUGUAAGAAGAAAGUUUUAUAUAUUUCAUAUAUUUUGAGUCUUCUACAUAUGUAUUUUAUGCAAAUGUUGCCUGUUAGUCUCCUCCAGAUCUCAAGAGCUUUGCUCAUGUGUUUUAUAAGUUUUUAGAAGACAUAACUGAACGUGAAGACAAUUCAGUCCACUGAGCCACUCAAAUGUUGUAUUUUCUCACUUAUGAGCCUGUCCUUUUUAUAAGACAAAGCAGGUUUGGGUGCAUCUUAGUGACAUCAUUCAGCCUUUUUGUCCCACAUGACAACGCUGCCUUUCUGAGCUAAAAUAAACUCCCUCAGCUUCCUCUGUCUCUUCCUUAUUCUUGCCAUAGCUUGUUGCUACCUUGCCACAAAUCAUAUUACCCAGGUAACAAAACUGAUCUAAUGACUCACUCCAGAUAUCCUUGUUUUCACCCUCCACUUCCCAUUUGGUUUCCUCAUCACAUGUUGCACUAGUCAGAUUGGUCAUAUUACUCGGACCGCUUGUCACUCCACGAGUCAAAUUGCACUCAUAUUACAAACUGAAUCUGCAUUAAUACCAAAUUCCUCGCCAUAUACAUGUGCUCCCACCAACAAGAUUCAUUCAGUUUUGUGUCCUCAGAGACCCGCACUGAUAGCUAUGUCUCCAUAUCGUAGAUUUGUGGGGAAUCCAGUGGGAAUGAAAAGAGAAGAAAAAAAAUGUGGCUUCUGGUUUUCACAAAACCUCAACCAAAACUUUAAUAUGUAAAUUGAAUACAGUCUUGCCAUGCUUUUCCUUACAUCCCUGUAGUAAGGCAUGGCAUCACACACUCCAUGGGUGGCUGGGAAGAAUACUGCCACAUAUUCCUUGCCAGUCAUGGAAGGUGAUUCAUAGGGAUGGAACAAGGGGCCUAAGAACCCUCUCCUGUAUGUAUUAAUUCUUACAGUGAGAGGAGGCAUGAAGUCUUGUCUUGGCUAAAUUACAAGUGAGAUCUAAGCCUGGUACAUAGACACAUGGCCACUGUCUCAAUUCCCCAUCAGGAUAAACACCACCUAUGCUUGUCCUUUGCUUAAACCUUAACAAGACUGAGGGUGCUGGAUGUAAGUAGAGGCAAAGAGAAACACUGGUCAUGUCACAGCAAGGUGUUAGUGGAUAGAUGUAUUGUACAUGGCUAAAGAUUAUACAUUUAUGAGUUAUAUAGGAAAAAAAUUCAGAUACUUUACUUUUUUUCUUAUGUUGAAAGUCUGUUAAUUUGUAUUCCUGUAGGAUAUGAAUGUGUACAACUUGUGAUCACCAAAGUGUGUGGAAGUGGUUGUAUUGUCACUUAUAUUCAAGUGUGGCCAUUGUGUAUGCUAUACCUAAGUUUAAAAGUCCAAAGUUUAUCCCUGCACCUCUUACUGGGGUCAGCUUACAAGUAUGUAGGUCAGUAUGACACUUGAGACAUUCGCUCUUUGUGGUUUUCAUAAAGCCAAACUUGUAUUGAUUACAUCUGUGAAGUGAUGAGCUUCUGUCAAGGUGUGACCUGUUAUUAAUGCUUAGAUUUAUCGUGUGGUUAAAAUGAAAUGAAAAUAUGUUAGGAAGAUUUCUAUAUUUAUGAAGAACUUUUAUAUUUUGUAUAGCCAGAACUUCUAUAAUAUCGUGUACUUCUUCCCUGACUGACUGUGUUGUACUAAAGAGUCUCCUUCAGGUCACUUGUACGAGUCAUGAGUCACAUGCCUCUGGUGAUACCCUCAAAGGUACAUGUCCUGCAGAAUCACACCCAAAGUCUCUAGUAGAUCAAACUAUACUAUUUUUUUUUUUUUUCCUGGCAAGUAACAUAUGUAUUUCAUUAUUACAUACCUCAUUACUGUCACAAUUCAUCUCAUUUUUUUUUUUUUUUACCUAACCCAACUUCAUUCUCACAGAAAACCUCACAUCUCAUUCUUUGAAGAGAUGUAAUAAUCAUGUAGUGAUGGGACAGUAAUAACUUAUAUAACACUGAAAUACACCACAUCACUCAGCACACUGUAGUUUUGUCUGCCGGAGACUGGUUCUGUUUCUGUGCCCAUGCCCUCUUAAGAUGUCAUCCGUCUCAGCAUGACUUACUUCACACAGUUUAGUUACUAAGCCAGAGAAUUGCAUACCUAAUAUAUUUAAUUAUUUUCUGUGAAAUGUUGGAAAGAUAACUUCUCUAUAUUACAAUAAUUGUUGAAUUAUCCAUUAUUCUCCUGUAGUCAUUAAUGUGAAAAUAUACAGUAUGUUUUUUUUCCAACAUGCCAUAUCAAGAUGGAGCCCCGUCUGCUUUGUAAAGGGACCAUGUUAUCAUUAGCAUGUUACAUACAGGUAUGUUAUUAUUGAUUAUUUAUAAAGGUGAUUGGUCCCAUGCAAACAUUUACAGUCAAGAUUUGCUGCAGGGGUCAGAGAGAGUCAGGUGGUGUGAAUACUUUAUGUGUGUGUGUGUGUGUGUGUGUGUGCAGAGCAAAGAGGGAACACUAAGAACGUGUGGAAGUGAACGCUGUGGCAUGUGGUGGAGUGAAUAGCAAGAUAAGAAGAAUGAGAGAUAUUUAUAAAUGUAUCUUAAGGUCAAGGAAGAACCUAAUUAAUGUUAUUGAGCAUUGAGUGGUGUCAUUGUGUAAAAAACUGGGCUAUUAUGAUAUUUUUUUUUCUGGGAUGAGUUGCUCAGCUGUGUGGCAUCAAGCCAGGUGUGUAGAUUCAAUGAGAAGUGACUCAGUGUUGAUCAAAUGGUGUUUCAGUUUUCAGUUGGCAUUUGGUUUGAUUUGUAAUAUGAAGACAGCUUAGCACUGGUAGAUAAAUACUCAAGAUUUAUGGCGCCGGGAUGCAGUGUGGGGCAGCUUGACAUGAUUUUUAUGACAUGUGAGGAAGACUGGCACAAGGGCACAAGAGCCCACUGGAGAGAAAGGAAGCCCGCUGUGCUUAAGGAACCAGUUUGUUGGACGUCAGCGUGAAGCAUGCACAGCCUCUUGUACUGCUGCUAGUGUUUGGCUGCUGGCAGACUUCCAUUAUAGUGAAUGUGAUAACAAUAAAAUACUGACAUUA